UGGGUGUCGUUGCUCCUGCACCAAACUCUCGCCACCUAGAAGACCUAGUCUACACCACGUUUGACAUACAUAUCUCCAACCCACAGAACAAUGAAGGUCAUCUCUACCGUAGGCGCGGGCCUGGCGUGCGCUUCCUGCGCCUCGGCGUUCGUAGCACCUUCCUCCUUUUCGCGGGUGAUCAGCACCUCUCCCGUAGCAUCCAAGGCGCUACGCAUGACGGAGGAGGUCGCAGCCGAGCCGGAGGCGGCGCCAGAGCCAGUGCCCGCGGCCCCCGCGAUGUCCGCGUCCAUCCCGUUCUUGAAGCAGCCCGACAACCUGGAGGGCAUGGUCGGGAACGUCGGCUUCGACCCGUUCGGGUUCGCGACCAUCUUCCCUGUUGAAUUCAUGAGGGAGUCCGAGAUCAAGCACGGCCGCAUUGCGAUGCUUGCAGUGGUGGGGUGGCUCGUGUCGGAGGUGGUGCACGUGCCCGGGCCGGCGUACAUGUCGGAGAACCCCGUGGAUGCUAUGGCGGCGGUCGGGCCCGGCCCCAUGUUGCAGAUCUUCUUGUUCUGCGGGUUCCUGGAGUGGAAGUUCCACAACGGGAAGAUGACCAUGGAAAACAUGCACGAGGACGGGAACGAGCCCGGAGACUUCGGGUUUGACCCGCUGAAGCUCUCCGAGAAGCCCGCGGACGUGCGCGAGAAGUACCAGUUGCAGGAGAUCAAGAACGGCCGCCUAGCCAUGUCCGCCAUCGGCGGCCUCGUCCACCAGUCACUCCUGCUCGGCGGCGGCGUACCGUUCCACGCGUAAAUCGGCGUAAGGUUAUGUUGUGCCGCCGUGAUGUCGCUGGCGGAACGCUGGCGCUCGCUGCGUGCAAUCUCAUCGCCCCGCUGAAGGAUGAGGACAUUUCUUGGAAUUUUUUCUUGUGCUUUUUGGACGCGUGUGUUGAGGGGAGUGUAGUAGCGGGACUCCAGUCCAAACAUCAUAAUCAAAGGGCACGAAAUUUUUCCCACCUCUCGGUCGGGGACGAUGAGCACGCGUAGUUUGAGGGGGAGGCGAAGACGUUGGGGGGCAGGAUGCGCAUCAGGCAGGCGGCAAGGUCCCCACUGCGCGUGAUUUGUGCCUGUAUUUUGCCACGCCCGAUUUUGUAUGCAGAGUUGCAGUACAUGGGGGGAGACUGGGGGAAGGUUACUGCAGCUGUUGCAUGGCGCAUAUUUUAGAAAUUUAGAGGCGUGUCUGGACAGGGUCUUUGGGCAGAGCAGGCGCUACGGGCGGACUAGAAACAUGCUGUGGUCGCCACCCAACAACCCUUUGCUUCGUUUUUUUUUUUCGCUCUGGGUCCCUAUUGGAGUGAGUUUUGAGUUGCCCCCCUCUCCCCUGCCUUUUUCGUCAGGCCGGUUGACUGCCUGAGGACAUGACCUUCCCCAUCUGGCGUUUUACGACGUUUUGCUGCAUUCGGCUGGAUGGCCGUACUCGACUCGCGUCACUGUUGAUGUAACGGUUGUUGGCUCUUUCUUUCUCUUUUCGGAUGUUGGGUUCCGGGGGCGAGGUUAAGCAGUCGGGAGACAGUGCGUAUGCUCUCCUCUUACUGCGCUUUAAUGAACCGAGUUGACAACACGAGUUUUCAUGCACGAGUCAUACAACAUUUAGUCGGAGGCGCGUCCGUUGACGUUAUUAUGCCCUCCUCCCACUGUCGUCCGUCGCAGCUUUUGAUGGUGUGGCUUGGGGAGGUUGCUCUCUUUGACCAUCCGGAACACAGGGCAAACCACCGGAUGCCUCUCUGGCUACAGCCUUAUUUCUGGUGGCCUAAUGCGACCA